AUGAGAAUUAAGCAACUUCUUCAACUAAUACUAUACAUAGGUGGCUUGCUUUUGGUGCAUUUUGAAUGCGCCCUACCUAAAACUGUAUCAUCUAUAUUCAAAUAUUCCCAUAAUCCACCGUAUCCUUUUGCUCCUAAUGAGUUAAUUGCUGAGAAUGAUACGAGCACUCAUAAUCUACCAAAUUCCGAUGAUUCCCACUCGUUUCCAAGAUCUAGAAAAAAUUCUCCGCCUCCCGACAAGCUGAAGGAACUUAUUGAUAAAUCUUCUAUUCUCGCUCGGAUUUCCAAUGGAAUCGCUCUUCAAUCUGGGCUGAUGGAUGGAUCCAUCAAGAUUGAGGAUGCUGUUGCUGAAUUGUUGAACUUUGGAACACUCAAGGUUUCGGAUGUCGUUGGAUUCAAAGUGGACUCGGUGAAGCAGUUGGCUGGAAAGAUGAAACAACUACCGACUUCUCUGGAUAAAGCAGUAGUAGAUUUGGAAACUGCUGCUCUGAAGUGGAACGAACUAAGACUCAAAGCGGAUGAGCUAAACAACUAUUUGGAUAUACCAAAAAAGGGGGAAUACUUUCAAAAGUUGAAGGACUUUAAAACUGCACUACAAGAUGAUUCACUGGAUGAUGUCCAAGAUACUGUGACGAGUGUAAACGACUUAUUGAAUAUAUUCCAAGACGUUAACAUUGGCAAACGCUUAGCAAAUGUUAAAGAAAAUGAAUUAUAUCAAAACUUUGUCAGUUUUCGAGGUUACUUUGAUGAGCUUUUCAAACAAAUCACUGAAUUAAAAACGAACAUGCCAACAUUAGACUCAAAUGGAAUUCUGGCGGAUGGAAACAAAAUGUUUGGACCUAUUGAAACUGUUGUUACCAUGAUCAAAUCUCGUUAUGGAAUACUCACAGUUUCGUCUACAGAAUCAAUUGAUAUAAUGAAGGCUAAUCUUCUACAAGUUAAGAACCUCCUCCAAUUUCUAGAUUCAAGUCGCCAAGCUUCUCCGACGUUGACUAGUUUGAUAAAAAGUAGAACGUUCCCAGAUGCUAACGAAAAGAAAACGACAGUAGGAUUUCUUGACGGAGCACUUGAUUUGGAGCAACUGUCAAAAGAUGUCUGGGAUUCAUGGAUUGAAAAUUUCACUAAUGAUAAAGUUACUGGGACACGACUUGCUAAUAGUUUGAAACCAAUUAUUGAGUUUCAAAAACAAUUAGCCGAUCUCAAUGAAAAAUUGAAACCGUUAUCAUUGCCGACCGUCCCUCUAUCAUUUUUGGAGUUUUCCAAUCUACAGAACAUUCUUUUUACAAUAAAAUCCGAUCCGAUUGGUUCUGAGACUGUCAUUGAUAACUUUGAAGAAUGUGGUGGAAAAGGAACCUUUGUCCGGGAAACGGGGUACAAACCAACUUUAGAUGCGGUACAAGCUGUGAAAAAAUUAACAGCGAUGUUUAUUGGAUUGAAAGAUUCUGUUCAGCAACCUCACUUAGACAAGCUCAAAAAUGAAUACAACACUUUUUUCAGCUCGUUUGGCUUCGAGAAAUUUGAAGAUGUAGAUAAAUCAAAAACUCAGCUGAUAACAGUAAUUCAGAAAAUGAGAGCGUCUAAAAGUCUUGAGAAAUUUAAAACGUUCUUUGUCAAAGCCACCCAUGGAUUGAAUACCAAAGUGUCUGACAUCAAAGAAACCAUUGACACAGUCCUGAAUGGAGAGAACGAUGUGGAUAAUUUUCUAGGUCUUUCCAAAGAGAAGGAAGUGCACGACUGUCUUGUUGGUCUGAAAGAUGAGCCGGAAAUAUUGAUUACGGCGAUCGGAGUCAUUCAACAACUUCGUGAUUUGGAUUCGGCUAAAGUUCAGAAUGUGGAAAACUUGGCGUCGGCAGUUUCAUCGGUUAAAAAUGAGUUGAAGUCGCUUGGGUCAAUUCCGGAUACUAUGAAGAAGGAUGCCAAAGAGAUCACAACGGAAAUCAAUCAAUGGCCUGAAUCUUUGAAGUCAUCUGGAGAGAUUGGACGAUCUGUGGCACUGUUGUCCCAAGCCAAUGACUUUAAAACGUUGGUGUCAUCUGGAGAUCUCGAUAAGUUUGAUGCACCCGUUCAGGCACAGAUUGAAGCCAUAAAGGACGGUGAUGAGCAGAAAAGAAUCAAGACUCUAUGGGGAAAUCAUUCGGAAUUUCUGAAUACUAUUAAAAUAGCUAACCAGGAGAUUGAGACAACUGGUGCAAAUCUGAAGUUGGCUGAGAUCAAGACAUUCGAGGAUUACGGUACCGUAAUGAAGAAAAGUCUCGAGGGAAUGAAAGAUGUGAAGAUCGAUGUGAAGAAUAAGGUUGAGGCAUUGGAUGCUCUCAUCUCAUUGCCAAUGGCACCUGACGAGUUGGAGAAGAUCAAGAAGACGUUGCAACACUUGGAAUCGUUGGAUCUCGCCUUCUCAAGUCACUCCUCCCAUUUCCAGAAGGUUCCAAAUGCUCUCAAGUCUCUCUACGAUUUCUUGGUCACGUUUUCGAUCGAACCGACACAAGCUCCUCCUCUCCGUUCUGGGAAUGCACCUCCAACUCAAGUUGUGUUGAAUAGUGGUGCACCUCAAAACGAUACAGUAGGAACUCAGAAUGAAGAGAAGAAAGACGACUAUUUAAUUCUUUCCAUCGUUCUCCCAUUACUUGUCAUCCUUAUCUCUAUUACCAUCGCCAUCUACCUUCUCUAUCGAUUCAAAAUGCUUUGUUUCAAGCCGAAAGGAUAUGUGUGUCCCGUUGAUUUUAUGGAUGAAGAUGAGAGUCACUUGCGACCAGUUAGCGAAGACCUCAUGGUUAUAAUGGUGUCAAAACAAGUAUACAUGACUCAUGCUGAAUUCUUUGUAUUCUGGAUGAAAUUGUUGAUGCUAGUUAAGAAUGAAAAGAGAAACGAGAAUAGACCGAGACCAUAUAGAAAGUUGAACAAAUUGAAAUAUUACGACAUAUCGAUCUUGUUGAAUCCGUGGUCGACGCCCCAAACAGUCAGAAUCCACGGGAACUUCUUGCGUACUUGGAGAAAUGUGUUCCUCGCGAUGCAGUCUCCCAUGGAGCAAUCCGACAUCCACAUGGAUACCCGAUCAGAUUUCUAUGCUUUGAUCAUUCAAGAUGAGGUAGAAUUCGUCGUGAAGCUCGGACCCACUCCCGCUUCAGGAUCAUAUUAUUGUGAACGUGUUGGCGAGAAAAUGAUAAUCGAUUCGUAUGAGAUUGAGACGGUGUCAGCCCAACCUUUUCCUGAAGGACCGCACGACGUUGUAUUCAGAAAAAUCAAGGUCUCAUUGGUCAAGGAUGGAAAGAAGAUAGCUUCCCGUACGUUCAGUCAGUUUCAGUACACAACUUGGACAGAAGACUUUUUACCACCGAACUUUGAGUUAUGCUAUCGACUGAUGGAAGUGAUUACGGUCUCAUCGAAGCCAAUCGUAGUUCAUUGUACUACCGGAACCGACCGCACCAUGGCAUUCAUAGGAUUGGAGUACGUUUCCCGUCACAUGGAACUUCACGAUGGAUUGACAUUUGAGCAUUCGUUUGCGAAGUUGACCGAGAAGCGAUUCAAUUCCUUCUGCUCGGCACAGAGCAUUGGAUGGCUACAAGCUGGAUGCAUUUACUUUUUGACUAUCAACCAUGGACUGGAUUUGUAUAUGUCUCAACGUGCGCAUAGUGUUUUCUGGGAAAUGGUUAAUGAUGGAACAGGAGUUCCUCAGAUAGCUCAUGGAACAAGAUGGACUUGA